AUGUCGUGCGCAAGUAUUCUAUCAUUUGAUGUUGUCGCAUUGUUUUCCUCAAUACCACAUGACCUUGCCAUUGAGAGCGUGGCCCAUCGCUUACGAGACAAUCCCAUCGACCUUCCAACACAUCACGUUCUAGAAUUGCUUAAGCUCUGCCUCAAUAACUAUUGCCAAUUCGAUGGCAAAUACUACCAGCAGGUUAAGGGCACCCCAAUGGGUUCGCCAAUUUCGGGGCUACUUGCAGAACUAGUCUUACAACGACUAGAACAAGAUGUUGUCCAAAGUUUCCAACCAAAAACGUGGCUCAGAUACGUAGAUGACACAUUUGUCAUCGUUAAGACCUGUGAAGGUGAGCGAUUUCACCAGAGCUUGAAUGGCGCCUUCCCAGCACUACAAUUCACUCGUGAAGAUGCAAAAGGAGGCACCCUCCCAUUCCUAGACGUGAGCAUACAAAAGCUCAGUGACGGCGGCAUCGCAACAAGCGUUCAUCGGAAAAUCUCUGACGCUGAGAUCAUCCUGAGCUAUCAGAGUAACCACCCAGCAGCCCAUAAAAGAAGCUGUGUUCGGACCCUUUUCCACAGGGCCUAUCGUUACUGCAGUAGCGCCGAUUUACUCAAAGAUGAACUGGCCUACUUGCAUCGCUUUUUCCGACUCAACGGAUACCCGGAGAGCUUUGUGAAAAAUUGUCUCAGACGUCAACAACAACCACAAAAUGUCGACUCUAACGGAGACAGAGUAUCACGGAAAUUCUAUUCCCUGCCCUACAUGCCGAGAAUUUCCGAAGCGAUCGCUCGACAAUUAAAUCGAUUCGGCAUCUCCAUCGCGCACAAACCGGCGUCUUCAUUGCGCACGACAUUAUCCCGGGUAAAAGACCCCAUACCGAAGGAGCAGCAAACAAAUGUCAUUUACCGCAUUCCAUGUUCAAACUGCUCUAGCGUUUAUGUUGGGCAUACCGGCCGACGACUUGGGACCCGCAUUAACGAACAUAAGCUGGCCAUCCGCCGACGGGACCCCUUGUCUCUCGUGUUUGCGCAUUCCCUUGAGUGUGAUCACCGCUUCAACUGGGAGGAGACCGAAGUGAUCGCUAGUGCCAACACCAAACAAGCGCGAGAGUUUCUAGAAGCUUGGCACUCUAAUAGCAAUAGCAUCAACCGCCAUGUCGACUUGGACGCUCAAUACGAAGGGUUACGUUCACGGUUCGCCGGCUUGCGCCCACCCUAA